AUAAUGAAGAAUCAAAAAAUCAUUUGUUUGUCAAUAUUGUUAGUUUCUCUCCUCCUACCUAGUGGUUACGCUCAACUUAGGGGGGACUUUUACAAAAACACAUGCCCUAAUGUCGAAUCACUUGUCCGGUCAGCUGUCACAAAUAAGUUCCGGCAGACCUUUGUUACUGCUCCGGCAACUCUCAGACUAUUCUUCCAUGAUUGCUUUGUCCGGGGUUGUGAUGCUUCUGUGCUGCUCUCAAAUAAUGGAAAAGCUGAGAAGGAUCACCCAGAUGAUAUUUCACUGGCCGGAGAUGGAUUCGACACGGUGAUCAAAGCUAAGGCUGCUGUUGAUAGUGAUCCCAAGUGCAGAAACAAAGUUUCAUGUGCUGAUAUAUUAGCUUUGGCUACUAGAGAAGUCGUAGCCUUGACUGGGGGACCUUCUUACUCAGUGGAAUUGGGGAGACGCGAUGGACGAAUUUCUACCAUAGCAAGUGUUCAACACAAGCUUCCACACCCAGAGUUCAGUUUAGACCAGCUCAAUACCAUGUUUGCUUCCAAUGGUCUCACCCAAACAGACAUGAUUGCUCUAUCAGGUGCACAUACAAUUGGUUUCUCACACUGUGGACGCUUCUCCAAACGCAUCUACAAUUUCAGUCCCAGAAACCGGAUUGACCCAACUCUCAGCCUAAGCUAUGCACUUCAGCUUAGACAGAUGUGUCCGCUCAAAGUUGACCCCAGAAUCGCCAUUAACAUGGACCCGACCACGCCUCAAACUUUCGACAACGCCUACUACCAGAACCUUCAGAAAGGAAUGGGCUUGUUCAGCUCUGAUCAGGCACUGUUUAGCGACGGACGAUCAAGAGCCACUGUGAACCUAUUUGCAUCAAACAAUGGUGCUUUUAACCAGGCUUUUGUGGCUGCUAUUACCAAGCUUGGCAGGGUUGGAGUGUUGACUGGGAAUCAGGGUGAGAUCAGACGUGAUUGCUCUGCAGUAAACUAG